AUGUAUCGGAAGUUGUCUAAGUUAGAACACUCGGAAAUAAAACAACUUCUUACAGAAGCUAAUAUAGAUGUUGCAAAGCAUUACGCAACAAACAAAAAAGCACUCGCUGACAUCCUCAAUGACUAUAAUGGUGAAAUAAGUUAUGAUAGAAUUCAUGAGUUCAUAAAGCCGCAACGCGGCGAGGACGAAGUCCAUGCAAGAGCAUUUCCUUUAAAUGACGUUGCUAUUGACUUAUAUCAUAGACGUUCAGUACCUCAUGAAGUAAGAAGAGAAAUUUUUGACAUAACAAAUGCGAACGUUGGUGAAACAAGAAGAAGAGACGACACACUGAAACAACAGAGAAGAGAGAUGUUUAAGAGCGCUAUAGAACAAGUUCGCAAAGCUAACGAUGUCCUUCGUUCCAUUGACGACAAACCAAAAGAAGGUGAGAGAUGGUUAAAGAAAGAUGAAGAGAAUAGGAAGAGGAAUGUUAAGACAGGCAAUAGACUCAUUGACUUUAACAUCGAAGCUUUAGAUGAACCAAACAGAGACUACUUACACAAACAUUUCGGUAAGGUUUUCAUGAGACUCUUAGAGAAGAUUAAAAUAAACUCCCAACAAAGAUGGAUGGUAUGUUAUAAACUUGGUGGAAAGUAUGAAUGUUCUACGUUAAACCUCAAUAAUAUUGGAACAUUACUACAUCAGCUCUUGAAGGAGAACUUUAUAUCAGAGAUAGAAGCAAAUGCUGAAGGUAUUGUUGAAAUGCACUAUGACUUCUUCUUGACAAACAUAAAGAAUCUUACUGAAAUAAAGAUGUAUGAUUUAACAGAAUAUGAAGGCUUAACGAUGUCAGAUGUAAAGAAAGGCAAACCAAAAAAGAGACCAUAUAGAGAUGAAAGCACACUGACAAAUGACCAGAAAGCCAUUUUGGAAGCUCUUAAGCAAACAGGAAACCCAGCACUUAUAGAAAGCUUUUGGAAAGAUAAUGGUGAAAAGAAGUUUUAUAAGAAGAGAAGCGGUCAGUUCUGGAAGUAUCUUUGCACAUUACCUAUAAAUCUUGAACGCUAUCAAAUCUUCAAUGAACUGAACAAAAGAACUGCAACACUUAUGACAGAAGAUAACUGCUUCGUUUAUGCUUGCAUUCAGGCUGGAGUAAAUGAAGAAACUAUUGACCACAUGAGAGAAGUCAUUCGUGUUAGAGACUUUCCUCAAAGUAAAGUACAAGAAAUUUCUGACGCAACAGGUAUAGCAUUUAAUGUUACCAUUGGUUACUUCAAUGACUCAAGACAUAAUGAAAUAAAGAGAUACAUACCAAAAGAAUGUGAAACUGUUAGAACUAUUGACUUACUUCUUGUUGAAGACCACUACAUGCUAAAUGAAAGAUUACCAAUGACAACAUAUUUCAUUCGCAACUAUAUAGAAAUCUUGAAGGAGUGUGGUGGAAUGAACAUUGAGAAACAGAUGAAGAUUUAUACAAAGAGAGAGAACAAAUAUGUAGUUCGUUAUGAUAGAACAACACCGUUAUGGGAUGUUAUGAAAACAUUGUGGGAGUGCAAAUAUUUCGAACCUAUUUCUUAUGGAGAACUUUUCACAUAUACGACUGACUUAUAUAAACAGAACCUUGCACCAUUUAAAGAUUUGACAUAUGCUCCAAAGUAUUGUGUACAACUGAAGAAGAAAGCAGAGUCAAAAGAAGUAA